AUGGAUCUUUUGCUGUACUAUGCUAUCUUAGUUGGUGGCUUUUUUACAACCCUCAUCCUGAUUCGGAUAGCGUCUCAUCUAAAGGAUCCCGCGAACUCUCUUUCAGUAUUCGUUUCUAAACAUCUUAUUUACCCAAAUUUAGUUGGUCGCCACCAGUUGUGUGGCCCAUGGAGUCGCGCACAGGUUCUCUUGUGCCUUUUGUACAUUGUAAUUAACUUUUUUUUCCUUACAUUCCGAGUUUCAACAGUAAUGAUAGCGGGACGCCGAGCUGGGACGCUGUCCGUGAUCAACAUGGGCUUGCUCUUUCCCACAACGCAUCUAAGCUUCUUUGCAGACAUGCUUGGGAUAUCACAGAUUGCCUGUAGACAAAUACACCGAUUUGUUGGCUGGCUAGCGCUUGUUCUUCUCUCAUUCCACAUCACGGUGGCCAUGGCUAAGCAAGGGCAGACCUGGAGUUUGCGCGACGAGGAGAAUCUUUUUGCUGUUGUAGGUGCAACUUCUAUGGCAGGGAUUGCCUUACUAUCGAUUCCGUUUGCUCGCCGAUCUUUUUUUGAGAUAUAUCUUCGAGCCCAUCAAGCUUUUGCUGCAGUGUGCAUAUACUCCACUUGGCGACAUCUUCCGUCCGAAGCCCUUAACCCACGAAUUUAUAUUUAUGUGCCACUUGGCUUUCUUGCUUCUACAACCCUCUUGUAUAUUGCGCUUCUCGUAUUUCGCAACGGCAUUUUCCCUCCGAGACAAUAUCCUCGAGCAUCUAUCACUUGUGAUAGAGUAAAACAACCGUCUACGUUUCAUGGCAACGAGGGGACAACAUUGAAAAUUCGUGUUGUCCUCUCACGACCACUUCAAGUAAAAGCAGGCCAAUACAUAUAUCUUUGGAUGCCUACUGUUAGCCUGUGCUCUUGGGCUCAAGUCCAUCCAUUCAUGGUAACAUCUUGGUCUCCAGAAAGACAAGACGUGCUAGAGCUCUUUGUUCAAGUACGUCAAGGGCUCACGAAAAUCCUCCAUUCCCGUGCAGCUUUGGAUGGAUUUGCUUCAUAUACAGCCAUUGUUAGCGGCCCACAUGGGGUUAGCCAAUCUGUCAGUGAAUAUGAAUGUGUCCUAGCUAUCGCAACUGACUUUGGUAUUGCUGGAGUUAUUCCGUAUCUGAAGCAGCUUUUUUAUGGAUAUAACACGUCUACAUCACACGUGCGACGCGUCCAUUUUGUUUGGCAAGUGCAAAACAUUGAUAUUGCCAUUUCUGCAGAGCCACUUUUGAAUAGUUUAUUGAGUGACGAUGUCUUGGAUGAGGGUUAUAUCCUGGAAAUGUCAUUCUAUGUGGCUUCUGAAGAGGCAAUAGGGGGAGGGAAACCAUUUGGAAACCAUGGCCGAGCUGUUGUCUUCAAUGGUGUCCCGAAGUAUGAAGAAAUAGUGUCAGAAGAAGCUUCUGGUAGUCGUAUCCAGAGACUUCCUGAUACACCUGAAGAACAAGGAAAGACCCUGCUACUAGUAAGGGACAAUCUGAGAGAGAUUGUCUGCGGGCACCUGAGUAAAAAGCUCUCUAUGCUUGAAACACAUUUCCAGCCAGUUCCAUAG